AAUUUGAUAACAAGCUUGAGAUAACAACACUUGUGAGUUCGGCCGAGCAAUGCUUUAACAAAGGUCAUCCUACGUGGAGGUCUUAUUUUUACCUUUUGGUUGUGGGUCAUUUACUACAUGACAAAAAAUAAAUAAAGGUAAGACUCUCUACCUAAAUUUUAUCUCCAAUACCCAAGGUCUUAUCUAACACUUUUUAUUUAAAUUAGAGGAGAAAAAAUGAUGAGGACUUAAGACCCAAUUUCUUGAAGAAAGUCUUAUUCACACUUUCUCCUUUGCCCGUACUUAGCCGUGACAUCUUUUUCUAUGACCCUUACCCUUGCAUUGGAGAUGAGACCUUUGGUGGAAAAGGUCUUAAAUCCUAGGUGUCAUACUAAUUUAAAACCUUGGACUAUUUUUCGUUUCCUCCCCUCCCAAGAUCGCUAAUUAGCGUUUCCUCCCCAAAAGAUCGAAAUUAGUGUUUCCUCCCCUCAUUAGUUUUUCCAUCCAUUGUUCGGUUAGCUGAGUUAUCUUUUGUGCACGCAUGACAUUGAUUGUAUGCGUGUAAAUUGAAGUACCCGAAGUACCCUCCCAUACAAAUUUAUUCUAAUGGUGGUAGAUAAAGUGAAAUAAUGAACGAUGGAGAUUCAACAUCGACAGCACCAUCUCCCGUUCUUCCUAUUGCUUCUAAUCUUCAAAACCUUGUAAAACAAACUCAAUCGGAGAUAGCUGCAGAUCCCCUUCUCUUCUACUCGAUUUCAACAUCAACAACCAUUCACAUAUCACAGAAGCGAACCAAAAUCAAAUCUAACUGCCAUCUUCGAAAUUUCUCUUGUCUGCUCGGUAACAACACACAAGACCCCUUCAAUCAUCACCAAACCCAUUUCAGUUCCGAAAUCAAACAUAACUCAUGUUUCCAUAUGCCAUCACAGUUUCUUUAACCUUCUCAAUCGAACCCAAUCUCAGUUUAUAACAAUAAUCCCCAAAUUCUGCUCAAACCCUAGUUUCUGAAGAUUAUGAUGGAAUUGAUGGCAGUUUGAUAGUUCGAGAAGGGGAUUCGGAUGGGUCUUUUUAGUUUCAUAAGAUAUGGGUUUUGUUUUGAUUUGAAAUUGAAUAACAAAGAAAAGGACUUGAAUCUGCUGCUGCUGAAGUGGUUGCCGUAGCUGUAAUGGGAGAUAUGUCUAGAGGAUGUUUUUGCAUCGUGAAGAUAUGGCUCCAGCAGUACAGACAGUGAGAUGGUUUGACAACAACAAAUUUGGGGGUCUCAUAUGGGUCGGUUUUGGGGUUUUGAUGGGGUACGAAAUUGGAUUUGAGAUGAAAGUUCUUGAAGGGAAAUUCUACAGCAAAAAUACCAAGAAGAAAUUUAUCGAGUCAGGGAUGAUUUGAUUAUUUUACAGGAUGAAUUAGAUGACUACAAUAUCAGUAACAAUUGUGGGAUUUGGGUCGUAUUUGACCUGAAUUAUAUGGCGGGAAAUUAGAUCUGAGUUAUCUGUUGUUCAAACGAAUUAUGAAUGGAUGGGUUUCAAAGUGGUCGGUUGUGUUAGGAUAAUUUGCAUCUGCUGGUGUAAAUGGUGGUGUUGGAUAGAAGUUUAUGUGAUCUGAAAUUGGAGGUUGUUGACCGAGAUGAACACCCAGCAACACGAGCAGAAAUUUUGGGAUAACUUUAACUUUAAUUCACUGAAAGUGAGCUGAAUCGAAGUCAUGGAUAAUCUGUUAUCUCUCCUUUUAAAGUCCAUUUCCGUCUACAGAGAAAGCUGAACAAGGUGGGGAAAAGGCAGUGGCGUACUGGUGCCGGAGAAGGAGGAGAAGUAUCCUUAGAGGGUAUUUUCGGAAGAUCAAAAAAAACGUCUACAAUUUAUGCGACGUGUGUAUAGAUGCUGAAUCAGCUAACUCAACAAUGGAUGGAAAAACUAACGAGGUAAAUGAAGAGAAGAAAAGAAAAGAAAAGAGAGAAUCUUAUCAGUGUGACUGUGAACUUGUUGUUUAUAAGAAAGAACAGUAUGUUAUUAGCGUUCUUUAGUUCAUACUCGGCAUGCAUACAAAAUCCACAAAACGUAAGGCCAUUCACUAUGAGAUCGAAAGCAACGGUUCGGGAAGGACUCUUUCCUGGAUGUAUGGAGCUGUGUUGGAUUCUUCCAGGGAUCGAUGGAAUGGUUUUGGAAUCAAACAGCAUCUAUGGAAUAUAUACUACGGUCAAGACAAGUACUGGACGUACACAAAAUAAAAGCUUAUUCGUGCGUCGUUUAGUUGACUUACUACGGAUGCUUUGAAGGCUAGUUGGAAAUUGAAACGGAUGGUCUGAAUAUAUACAUUGGCAUUCGGAAAGCCGAACUAUCGGUAUCGAGAAGGUUCGAGCGAAGAGUGUUCCCCUUGGCAACAAGGGCGCUUAGGCGGUCUGGCCAUGCCGGCGGGCCAUCUAAUGUCUGCAGCACUCACGGUCUAAACGGUGCGAUUAGCUCACGCCCAAAACCACCCAACCCGAACAAAGGGAACAAAAGUUUCAUUUUCACUGGUCUGAAUAUAUACAUUGUUUCACUACCGCAAUAUAAAUAAUGUAAGCCUUAGCAGUUAGCUGGGAUUGGGUCUUUAUUUAUCACUGUGACGUGAUGUAACAAAAUGCAACCUUUAGCUGCAAUCGAUUACUCCGAGUACUAUUUUGCAGUAGUAGCAGUACUACCUAGUCAUAUAUCUAGCUAUGAAGCAAACAAUACGGUACUUGGUAGGACUUGAAGGUCCAAGUGGAUUUGGAUCAAACUCCACAGCUGAACAAGUUACAAAAGAUUGUUAUAGCUUUUCAACUCCUCAUAAUCUAACAGCUAUAAUCACUGGUGCAACCUCCGGAAUUGGAGCAGAAACAGCAAGGGUUUUAGCAAAAAGAGGGAUUACAAUAGUAAUUCCGGCAAGGGAUGUAGAGAAGGGUACAUCAGUGAAAGAGAAGAUCCAAAAAGAAAACCCUAAAGCUAAGAUUACAGUGUUGAAGAUUGAUCUUAGUUCAUUUGCUUCCAUCAAGAGAUUUUGCACUGAGUUUCUGUCUCUUGAAUUACCACUAAACAUUCUCAUAAACAAUGCUGGGAAGUUCUGUCAGAACUUAGAAUUUUCAGAAGACAAAAUUGAAAUGACUUUUGCUACAAAUUACUUGGGACAUCAUCUGAUGACAGAGUUGCUGCUUGAAAAAAUGAUAGAAACAGCAACACAGACAGGGGUUGACGGAAGAAUCGUCAAUGUUUCUUCAGUAAUCCACAGUUGGGUUAGAAGAGAUAGGUUCAACUUCAACAAUAUGCUCGGCCCAAAGAAUUACAAUGGAACACGUGCAUAUGCUCAAUCUAAAAUGGCGAUGAUAAUGCAUGCUAAAGAAUUGACGAAGCAGCUCAAGGCAAGGAAUGCAAGGGUGAUGAUCAAUGCGGUCCAUCCAGGAAUUGUGAAGACUGGAAUAUUCAGAGAUCACAAGGGCUUGGUUACAGAUUCUCUAUUUUUUCUUGCAGCAAAGUUUCUGAAAUCAACAUCUCAGGGAGCGUCGACAACAUGCUAUGUUGCUUUGAGUCAAGAAACAAAUGGAGUGAGUGGUAAAUACUUUGUAGAUUGCAACGAGUCUCAUUGCUCAAACCUGGCAAAUGAUGAAUCUGAAGCACGAAAGCUGUGGAAACAAAGUCGUGCACUGAUUCAGAGAAGAUGA